UUGUGAGAAACUCUAUGUUCAACAGAGAACCACGGCAAGCGGCGAAAGUAACUAAACUAGCUCCAGCUUCCUUUCUUUGGAUCACUGUCACUCCAUACAUGUGAAACUGAAUAGGAAAAACGGGUGCUUGGAAACGCUGUCACGCUGUUACGUUGUCGCAGGUCGUGUGCGGCGGUGUUUUCAUUGGGCACGUCGGUGACUUGCUGCUUUACCUGCUGUAGAAACGUUUAAUUGUGCCGUUAUCGCAAAUGGCGUCGCUGGAUGUGGCCGCUAUGCCGGCGUGGAUGCCUGCGAGCGACUUGGAAAGCGCUGCUUCUUUUGAUGUCUACACCGCGGCAAGUUUUGGCGACGUGUCGCGUCUGCGAGACCUCUUGAACACGAGGAGGGAUGCGGAUGCGCAAAAUCGUGGUGGCUGGACACCCCUGAUGUACGCUGCUUGCUCUGGCCAGAGGGUGAUCCUGCAGCUGCUACUAGAGCAGGGCGCCAGUGUGAAUCUGCACGGUGGCAGGCAUAAACGCACAGCCACCAUAGUUGCAGCCAUGUAUGGACGCCAACAGUGCAUUGCCCUCCUUCAUCAGCACGGUGCCGACCUUGAGCUGAGGGACCAUGAAGACCGCACGGCUCUGUUCCACGCUGCUGCCUUGGGCCACGCUGCAGUGGUGCAACUCCUAGUCGACCUUGGAGCCAGCAUCAACUGCGUAGAGCGCUUCAGUGGGCACAGUCCUUUGAGCAUAGCCACAGACCAGAACCAUGACAAUGUGGUGGAGAUCCUUCUGAAUGCCGGCUCAAGAUUCUCACAAGCAACAACGAAUGGGAAUACCUUGCACCCUGCCCGACAGAACAAUAUUCCCAAAACAUCACCUUGUGGUCGAGCCAGGUGCCCUGAAGUAGAGAGCCUGGUUCGUCGUUGUGCCAAUUUAGCUGUGGAAGGAACAUCGCCACGUCCUAGUCUGAACCUGCCUCCCAAGUCGGCUGUUCGCAACCUUGCCGACUUCCUCAGUCACCUGGGCCUGUCCAAGUAUGUGCCAAUGUUGGAGGCUCAGGGUAUUGACCUUGACCAGUUCCUGGCAUUUGGCGAGGCCCAACUUGAGCAGGCAGGCAUACGCCUGGUUGGCCCAAAAAGGAAAAUGGCCAUCGCAAUUUCGUGCUGGAAUGAACGAGAACGCCAGCAAGCAGAACACAAAGGAACAGUGCAGAAAGCAUUGCGAUGACUUGUCUCUGCUGCAAACAAUGCCCAUUUGGAGUCCUUGCUUUGCUGUCCAAUUUUAAUGUGCCUUGCCAGAAAAAUUUGCUAUUUACUGUGACUUAUCUGGGGAGCGCUACCUAGAGGUCUACUACAAACAUAUUUUUUGAAGUGUUCAGUAGGUAGUAGGGAUACGUGCAAAUUAAAUGUUGUGAUACGAUGGUGUUGAAGGUGAGCCACCCUCACUACAGCACCCAAGCGGUUCUCCUACACUGUCUAGACCAAUGUCUGCAAGUGAUGAUCUUUUCCUUUCUCCCACAAUAAAGCCAAGAGUUAAGGUCAUGAUUA